UGAUCGACCGACAAAGGAUCCAAACUGUGCCAUUAAUGAAGGAGACAAGGUCUUAGGAUCUCCACUGAACUUGCAGAUAUAUGUCCCUCUUUCUUUUUCUACUAUUUCUCUCUUCAAGGAACAAUGAACCUUUAACUUAAGGGUCUCUCUCUUUUACAUUUCCUCCAUAUAUAACUACACUUUCAGUUUCAUCUUUCAAACCACAAUAACAUUUUUCCUCUCUCUCUUUCUCUCUCUAUCUCUAUCUCUCUAUAUCUAGAUAUAUAUAUAGCUACUUAUGAAUAAUUUUCAUCCUAAUACUUCUCUUCACUUAAUUAACCAACCACAAAAUGAGAAUAUUCAUCAUCAUCAUCUGAAUCUAGAUCUUGUUCUUGAACCAUCUUCUUCAUCGUCAUCAUCCUCACCUAUAAGUUCAACGGAGCAAAGGAUAUUCUCAUGCAACUACUGUCAGAGAAAGUUUUACAGUUCUCAAGCUUUGGGAGGACACCAAAAUGCUCACAAACUUGAAAGGACACUUGCCAAGAAGAGUAGAGAGAUAACUUCAGCCAUGCAAUCUUAUAAUGAAUUACCAGAACACCCUUCAAACUACAACACUACUUUUGCCCAUGGAAAUUCUCAUCUUCACAAUGACCAUGGACAAGGAGGUCAUUUUAUGAGGUAUGGUGGAAGAAAAGAAUUUAGUUAUGGUGGUAAUUCUAAUAAGGAAGGUGUCAGUUCUUCUUGGUCAAGGGGUUAUAACACUCCUUCUGAACAUGUUCAGGAAGAUAUUAACCAACUUGACUUGUCCUUAAGGCUUUGAGAUGAAACAAUCAUUCAGUUACUAUAAUUAAGAACAAGGUUGAAAUAAUUACUGAAAUUAGUCACAGAAAAAAUAAACAUUUUUCUGUCUCUAAAUUUCUUAAGCUAAUUCAACUGAUUUGAUUUCAAGGUGUAACAAUUAUUUCAAGUGUCACUUUCUAGAAGAAUCUGAGUUUCAUGUUACAUAUAGAUUAGAUUGGUUACUAGUUUGUUAAAACUGUUUACCUUUAUGGUUUCUUUAUAUGUUUCUGUAGUAUUGUUGUAAGCAUGGCAGAAUUUCUAUGAGGUGUUUUUAAGAGAAAAUUAGGUUUUGUUAAAAUAAAUGUAUAGCAGGUAUUGUAAAAUUAGGUUUUCCAUAUCAAAAGGUAUAUAUUGUUUCAA